ACUAAGUUUAUCGCAUAUUGAAUAUUCAAAUUUAUUAUGGGUCAAAACUCAAAGCUUCAGAAGUUUCCAAAAAAAGAUCAAACGUAUGACAACUCUGAGUAUUAGAAUAUCGAAUCUACGCAUAGUGUGUUUAUAAAGGAUCUCAAAAAGCUGCUUCCACAAAAUUCUAGCGAUACUUUGAAUCAGAAUAAACUUUACCGUCAUUCUCAGUGGUUUUAAAUUCAUGAAUUCUGAUAAAAUCACUUUACACAAUGUCGUUGCAUCAAAAUUGGGUCACUCUUGCAACAGUGGACAUACCUUGGAAAUCUUUCAUCAGAGAGUCAAAUGAGAUUACGCCUAGUGAAUCUGGACAAAGAUUUUCUACGUGCUUAAGCUUCAAGGGAAUGGAAGCAAAGAAUUCUUAUGAGGAAGUAAUUCGGCAAAAUUUCAAGUCUGAGAACACUCCUAAGUCAAACAUUGAAUUAAGUAACCGUUCCAAAUGCAAUAAUCUUCAGACUCUCGUGAGGCAUGAUACCUCGGUAGUGAAUCAAGUGAGCACAAAUUCCAUCCUCAAAGCGGUAGAACAAAACGAUAUGCAUUUUUUGAAAAAACAUUUAAAUUUGGAUAAUGUUGACGCGUGUGAUGACUUUGGGUGGACUCCAUUAAUGUCUGCUGCUUACAACGGAAAUUUGGAAGUUGUAGAAUAUCUGUUGAGACUUGGAGUUAAUAAAAAAGCAAAGGAGAGGUCUGGAUUGACUGCAGCUCAAUUGGCUCUUAAGAGAAAUCACUUGAAUGUCGUUGCUCUCUUGAAAAGAAGAAAUCCUCAAAAGGAUGGUGAAAAUAUAAACACAACUCCACUGCAAAACUACACAGAAAAUUCUAAUCGAGAAGACGAGAGAGCAAAGACCUCUAGAAUUGAAUGUACCAUGAGCAAUGUAAUAAAGGAUCCUUUUGAUUCACAUCCUGAAUUUUAUUGCAAAGUAUGCGAAUUGGCAUUCAAAGAAUCUACUGUCAAGCAACACGAGUCUUCAACUCUGCACAUAUUUAACACAAAACCAAAAUUACGCUCAGUAGCUUAUGGGAUAGCAAAGCAGAAUAAGGGUUAUCAAAUGCUGCUAAAUACUGGUUGGGACGAAGAAAAUGGGCUUGGCCCUCUUGGUGAAGGUACAAAAUAUCCGAUAAAAACUAUUCUGAAAAGAGACCGAAAAGGCUUUUGUGAAAUAGAUGCAAAAGAUGCUAGAGUAACCCACUUCAAGUCAGGAGAUGUAUCUGCCAUUGCUCCAACACGGAUGGUUUGGCAGAAAACAUUGAAGAAAAAAGAUAGAGAAAAGCUACUGGCCAGGGAUGCAUUGAAGGGUCGAAUAAUUCGGAUGGCACUCUCUUGAAUAUCUGCCACAAAGAGUUUUUUUAUUCUAGACAUUUUUCAAUCUGGGGGCAUUAGUUUAAAAAAUAAGAGGACGAUAUAAAUUGAUGUGAUACAUUUAUCAUUAAGAUUUCCCAACAAAUUAUGACCUGCCAUUAAUUGUACUAAUGUCCAGUUCAAUAUUGAUUACGUGUACAAAUGCUAUCCAAACUUGUUAGGUGGGUAAUAGAAAAGACAAUAAAUUAAUCAGCAUUACUGAUAGAUGCAAAGUUGUUUUCGAGUACUUAUGAAAAAGAAUAUUAUUAGUGUACCGUUAUGGAUGAUUGUACAAUAUUUGAUUCCCACAUAGUACCCACCAUUGUCUACAAUGAACGACGAACA